AUGGAACGAAAACCGAUAGCAGACAACGGGGUUGAGGUGACGGCAGGACUCGAUGAUAGAGCUACGCGAAGACGACAAUCUGCCUUUGCAAGGCGCAAGUCCUCCGCUGUCGUUGAAGAGUCUGCCGCCAUUGUCGAAGCCCACACUCUUAAUGAUGCAGAUCGACGUUUGGCCGAGAUGGGCUACACUCAGGUCUACAAGCGAGAAUUUUCCUGGCUUUCUACCUUCUCCUUCGCCCUCUCCGUCUCAGGACUCUUCGCCAGUGUCUCGACAACCUUCAUUUACCCCUACGAAGCAGGAGGUGCAUCUUCGGCCGUCUGGUGCUGGCUGAUCUCGGGUUUCGGAUGCUACUGCAUUGCGCUGUCUGUGGCCGAACUCGUCUCCGCCUACCCGACGUCGGGAGGACUAUACUUCACAUGCAAAUAUCUCGCCCCGACAAAUUGGGUACCGGAAAUAUCAUGGCUGUGCGGUUGGCUGAAUCUCAUCGGCCAGAUUGCCGGAGCUGCGUCAACGGAAUACGGCUGCGCCCAAUUACUGCUAGCUGCCGUCUCAAUGGCAGGGGACUUCAACGGCUAUGUGCCCACAGACCGUCAGACCGUUGGCGUCAUGGCUGCAUUUACCGUCCUCCACGGGGCUUUAAACAGUCUGAACACUGCGGCGCUCGAGAAGAUGACGAAAACAUAUGUCAUUUUCCACAUUGCCGUCCUAUUCAGCUGCUGUGUCGCGUUGCUGGCAAUGUGCGACUAUAAACACACUUCCUCCUAUACGUGGACCACUGUAGUAAAUAACUCAGGAUGGUCACCUACAGGCUGGUCUUUCCUCUUCGGCUUCCUCUCAGCCUCGUGGACCAUGACUGAUUACGACGCGACUGCUCAUAUUGCGGAAGAAAUCAAAAACCCCGAAAUCAAAGCCCCUUGGUCCAUUGCCCUCGCGCUCGGCUUCACCUGGAUAGGAGGAUGGCUGUUCACCAUAGUGCUAGCUUACUGCAGCGGCGAUCCCACUCACACCCUUAAAAAUGCUGUCGACCAGCCUGUAGCUCAAAUAUUCUACGACGUCAUUGGCAGAAAUGGAGGCAUCUUCUUUACCGUGGCGGCUUGUUUCGUUCUCAACUUCACAGCCAUGACAGCCAUUCAAGCCGGCGCUCGAACCAUCUGGGCGUACUCUCGCGACGAAAUGCUGCCACUGUCGAGAGUCUGGUACAAAAUCAACAAGAAGACCGAUACUCCGGUUUACGCAGUGUGGCUUUUUGCCACAGCUUGUGUCCUCAUCAACUUGAUCGGUCUGGGAUCUUACAUCGCAAUUUCGGCAAUCUUCAACCUCACCGCUAUCGCUCUUGACUGGUCCUACUGUAUCCCUAUCAUCUGCAAAAUGCUUUAUGGCAAGUUCGAACGUGGCCCAUUCCACCUUGGCUGGGCUAGCUUACCGAUCAACAUCUGGGCCGUCUGCUGGACAACCUUCGUCACGAUCAUCUACGUUAUGCCUACCAUCCGGCCUGUGACUCCCCAGAACAUGAACUACGUCGUCGUCCUCAUGGCGGCCGUCGCAAUCUUCGCCGUUGUCUACUGGUACGCUGCUGGUCGCUACUACUAUAUCGGCCCGAGAGUCAAGGCUCAACUCAUCAUGGGAGUUGCAGGCGAGGAGGACAAGGCACACUCAUCCGGCGGGUCGAGCGAUGAGAAAAGGGCCCCGACGGCAGUGCGUUAG